AUGACAACCUCACCCUACCAAACUCGAUCCCAGACUGCUGCAAGUGCACCUCCUUCCGAGUCGACCUCCUCGAGAUCUGACGACGCUGGAGUGUCAGGCCAUUUGGGAGGCCGAGCUGGCUCGCUCCCCUCUCCUCCUACUGCUGACGAGAUCAUCGACGCAGUUUUGGCUCCUCCUCGAGCCACCACUCCGGAGUAUCGGUUGGAGGUGCAACCUCUCACUCCUCCCCCUCGUUGGCUUGGUCGCCAGACCCCACCUCCUCCUCCUCCCAAAUUUCAUCUCCCCACAAAUGGCGAGAUUGUGGGAUGGGCCAAGCAAUUUGUGGUUGCUGACCUUUUGGUCCAAAUCGCAGAUUGCCACUUCCCACUUGGUUGGGAUGUUCCUACUGGGUCCCUGCCAGAGUGUUGGCUGCACUGCUUGGUCAUGUUGCGCCUGACUGAGGGCUGCAUGCUAUGGCCCAGCUGGCAGUGUCGCCGCUGCUUUAAUCUUGGUGUCCCGUGUUUUGCCUCUGCAUUCACCAACCCUUUUGGUGAGCAUGUUCGGAUCCCUCAUGCAUGCACUCAUUGCUACCUCGCUGGUCUGGGUAACUGUGUCCACAAUGUCCCUGCUCAUCCCAGGAUGGAGUACCCUGGGGAUGGUACUCCCAGCUUACAACCUCAGGGUUUGCACCAAGCCAAGUGCACCCAUCUGAUGGUUGCUAACAGGGAUGGGCCAGGUUUUGUUCACUUGGAGGAGAGGGUGGGUGACCCUGUCAUGACCCCUGGCUGGGCAACUGCUAUGUGA